AUGUCUAUAUCCAUGGCGUUAUUCUCUCCGCCGAUCUCUUCAUCGCUUCAAAAUCCUAAUCUCAUCCCCAAGAUCUCAGUCUCUCUUCUCUCCACAAAGCGUUUCUCUCUCGUCUCCGUCCCUCGAGCCUCUUCCGACAACGGCACGACCACCACACCCGCUGCAACCACCGUGGAGGUUCCGGUGAAAAAAUCUCCGGCGGGAAGCACCGCAGCGUCUGAAAACGGCGCCGUUGGAGGUGAAGAGAGUGCUGCAACAUUUACUACUCCCACGGUAAUCAAAUUUGAGGAUGCGAGGUGGGUUAAUGGGACUUGGGAUCUGAAACAGUUCGAGAAAGAGGGAAAAACCGAUUGGGAUUCCGUCAUUGUUUCUGAGGCAAAGAGGAGGAAAUGGCUUGAAGAUAACCCAGAGACAACUAGUAACGACGAGCCUAUACUCUUUGAUACCUCAAUCAUUCCAUGGUGGGCAUGGAUGAAGAGAUACCAUUUACCCGAAGCUGAACUUCUCAAUGGUCGUGCGGCGAUGAUAGGCUUCUUCAUGGCUUACUUUGUUGAUAGUCUUACCGGUGUAGGACUUGUCGAUCAAAUGGGGAAUUUUUUCUGCAAAACACUCUUGUUCGUCUCUGUUGCUGGAGUUCUUUUCAUCCGCAAGAACGAAGAUUUAGACAAACUCAAGGGUUUGUUCGAAGAGACAACCUUAUAUGACAAGCAAUGGCAAGCUGCAUGGAAAGAGCCCGAAUCUUCAAACAAGUGA